GAAAUUCUAUUCUCUUGUUUCUUUCAUUCACACGAUAUAUGAUGAUCUUCAGGUGAUGUGCUUUUUUUUCUUCUGUUUGGGGGGAGGUGGGGUCAAAGUUGUGAAUAAUUUGUAAGAGUGGCAAAUAUACAUAUUGAGUUCUUUACUUGUAAUAAAUUUUUAAUUGUUGAGAAAAUUAGUAGUGAAAUGCCUCUAUACAAUUCUUUUGCUUGCAAACAGUAUAAUUAUUAUCAUUGUUACUUUUGUGCUUAUGAAAGCACUAAUAAAACUCUGUAUAUUAUCCUCUCCAUCGGGUGUUGCCUUUGCAUUGCGCAUGAGUAUAAUAUGUAACAAGUUGUGGCUAAUUUGUGUGUUUGUCUUAAAUUCUUUUAUGGUAUGGGAUUGAACUAAUUCUGCCUUCUGAUUCUGGAGUUGAUCUUCAUAAUGUCAUAAAAUUUUAUGGUUUUCCCCUACACGGUUGUCCCCUACAAUCAUGGAUUGUCAUUUUCAAACUUUUUUGUGAGCUAUAGCCUAUUGUGAUUUUAAUGGGCUGCUGUUUCCAUCCUUAUGAUUUGUGUUUUCAUAUUUUGGCAUUCUAGGCUCCUCACAUAUGACAUGGAAGGAGAGGAAAGAAUUGGAGAACAGGAAGGUAGUCUCUCUUGGUGGAAAGUCACCAAAGAAGCAGAGAUUGCCAUUAAGUGUAGCAAGAGUCGUUAUGAAGAAACAGAAGGAAAGAGAACAGAAAAUAUCGGAGGAGGAUUUGAUUCUUGGACAAUUUCGAAGAAAGCUCAGCAGCAGUGCUGGAAGGUCAGUGGAAAAGCAAAGGCCAGAGGACAGGGUUCUGAAGACCACCGAAGGUCAUUUUAGGAAUGGUGUGCUAGAUGUGAAGCAUAUGUUGCAUCAAGCCUCUUUGAGAGACGAUGAUUCUGGCAGUCGGUUUAUCAAUAAAGGGAAAAGGAACAAGGGAAGUCAGAAAAAGAAACAGGUAAAGAAGAAAGGCAGAGGUAGGAAACGACACUGAAUGCACUCAUCGGUAGGCAUAGGCAUAUCUACAUGAUUGAGCAAUUCAUAUGGUUUUCGUUUCUCUCCUGCAAUAUAUCAGUUUUGGAGGUCACACUAUGCUAUGUAGUUCUUGUUGGGGGUUUGACACAUCAUGUAAGAUGUAAGAAUAGCAUAGGAACUAAUUCCUUAGCAAACGCUAAAGCUCCCCCGUUUGUAUUUCUUAAAGCUGGGCACAAGCGCAGCCAAUUUUCAGGCAUUUUGGCAAAUCUGCAUGUUGUUUGCAUAAAUCUUUAAUUUUGUU